GUUAAGAGUGUUCUUGGCGCUCUUGGCGCAGGGAAUGGAAGAACAAGAACUAGGGCUCUCGGCCGAUGCGGCAUUAUGGUGAUUCGAGGCGCCGCGGCUGGGAUCUAUGUGCGAUCUUCUGUGCCGCGCAAGCACCGGCCGGAUUGGGACAACACUGUGCGCGAUCUCAAGACGCUCAAGCUCACAGCUGCGGAACUGGAAGCAAGAUCUAAGGCGUUUAAAUCUAAAGACUGGUCUCGGCCAAGAAAAACUUCUUCUGGUCGGAGUGUGGAGGUAGAAGAAACUUGCGGGAGUGAAGAUGGCGAUGUAGCUGCCAAGUUAGCAAUGCACAGGAUCAAAGUUCGUAGAGACUUUUUAGCGUUGAAGAAGAGCCAUAUCCUAAGCAACUGUUCGACCUCAAGCAGUGGCGAUGACGAUGACGAUGGUGACAACGGGGAUAACAAUUUCGACGAGGACAUCCGCCGGUUAGAGUCACUUCAAACGCAGCAGCUUUCGCAUAAGACGACGUCGACACCUCCUACCAUGAAAAACAAGCCAGACCUGGCUUGUGAUAUGCAGUUUCUGAGGGGGAGCCCCAACCUUUUGCAAUACCUGGAGACUGAAAUGCAAAAGGCGUGGUCCGAGAUGGCCUUGGCAAAAGAAAAGCAGCAGCGCAAGCGUAAGAAAGUUAAAAAGAGGAUGAAAUUGCAGCUUGGACAGAAGAACAAGAAGAAGCCAGAGAAGGACGAUGUCAAGUUGCUCAAUAUGGUUCUCGCAAGCCAAAAGUCAACCGCUCUUGCUACGAAUCAAACUUUUGUCCAGGAGUUGCAAAAGCAUGUACAGUACCAGCAAAACGUUAUCCACGAGCUCAACGAGUUUCGAAUCUCUGCAACAAGAGAACUUACAAACCUCGUGGUUCUUAUCCAAAAGCUGGUCUCAAUCCAAGAAUCCAAAGCUCCGAUUGUGAGUCUACCUGCGAGCGACGAUGAAAGUAAAAAGCUUGUUAUUGAAGCAAAGCCUCCUCCCGCUCUUACGGACAACAUUGAGCCUGCCGAUGAGGGAUCAACUCGACAGAUCGAAGAUCGACCGAGUCACCAUAAUGGUACCCCGCCUAAGCCUCGCGAAGUUCCUACGUUUCUGAAGCGACGAGCUUGCACCAUAUCAAAGAAAGUCUCUGCCGCAAGGCCUCUCCAGCUGCAAGGUCCCAACCAAGCUAAACCUCCUCCUGACAGUAAACAUCUUGACACGACGCAGGCCGCAAAAGCCACCGAAAACAAACGAAGGCUUCCAUCCACAUAUCAAAGACCAACGGAGGAGCCGACUAGAGAAGGCGAGGUAACGGGUGACGAGUUCGACAGGAGAGAGAAUCCACUCUUUGAGUCGGAAAUGCAAGGGAAAAGAGCCGUCUCCCGGGGCCCCUUCAAGAAAUCCAGGCUUCACGAGCAAUCCUCAUCGCCAACAUGGAGAGGAGGACGACACGCUCUGCUCGCCGCAGCAGCCGAGCAGCCUUCUUCGCCAGCGUGGAAGGGGCGACACAACAUUCCCCUAGAGAAACCUCCGUCGCCAACUUGGAGAGAACGACACAUCCAAGCUUGCGACCAAUCUUCAUCGCCAACAGGGAAAGGCCGACUCGCUCAGCUCGCCACAGCAACAGCAGGGUGCGGGCAACCAUCGUCGCCAACAGGAAGAGAACGGGCUUUUCCCGCUCAACAGGCAGCAAUCACUCACGAGCAAACUUCGUCGCCACCAUGGAAGGGAAGCCGACACGCAGCAGUGGAGCAAAGUUUAUCACCGAAGUGGAAGGGAAGCCGGCACGCAGUGGAGCAAAGUUUGUCACCAAAGUGGAAGGGAAGACAUGCUCCUCAAGCGACGAUGAUCAAAGCCGACGAGAGAGCUGCCGAGGAUGGGAAGAAAGCCACUAUAUGCAUACCAACGAGGAAGCCAAGCUUGGAAGAACGCAGAGUGGUGAUCCCGGUGGUGAGGAAGAAGGCAACGAUGCAGCCAUCGAUGAACAAAGCCCAGCUUGCCGAGUCGCAGGUGGAUUUCCAGAACAAAAGGCCACCGAGGUACAAGCUUCAGGGAUGGUCCGCGGUUCUCGCCCAGUCUGACAAGCUCAGAGGCAAAGAGAACAAUGUAAGAGCAUAAACUCGAUUACGUGCAAAUCUAGCGAUUUUUCUAGACGCU